AUGGAAGUGGCGUUAUCAUUAUGGAUCGAAGACCGCAACCAAAAAAGGGUGUCCCUGACUGGUCCAAUGGUUCGGGAGAAGGCAAAACUUCUUUAUGCACAUUUUAAAGAACCUGGUGGUAGUUGUGGUGGUGAAUGUACGGAUGGAGGAUUUCAAGCAUCGGAAGGUUGGUUCAAUAAAUUUAAAGUGAGACAAUCAUUGCAUAGCAUUAAUAUCGUUGGAGAAGCUGCAUCUGCAGACAUUGUUGCAGCAAAAAGAUAUUUAGAAGAAUUUACAAAUCUAGUAGCUGAUGGAGGAUACAAACCUGAGCAAGUAUUUAAUGCAGAUGAAACUGCACUGUUUUGGAAGAGAAUGCCAAAAAAAACAUUCAUUUCUAAAAACGAAAAGUCUGCUCCUGGAUUUAAGGCAGCAAAGGAUAGAGUUACACUGCUGCUCUGUUCUAAUGCAUCUGGAGAUUGUGUCAUUAAACCAUUGAUGCUUUACAGAUCGUUAAAUCCUCGUGCUUUAAAAAAUCAAAACAACGACGACCUGCCAGUGUUUUGGCGUGCUAAUAAGAAAGCUUGGGUUACAGGAGCUAUUUUUUGUGACUGGUUCUGGAAUUGUUUUGUUUCUGAAGUUGAAACUUAUUUGAAAAAAAAGAAUUUAGACUUUAAAGCAGUUCUAAUUUUGGAUAAUGCACCAGGUCAUCCUCGCGAAUUGGAAACUAUGCAUCCAAAUAUAAAAGUGACAUUUUUACCUCCAAACACGACGGCUUUGCUUCAACCUAUGGACCAAGGAAUAAUCCAGGCCUUUAAGCUCUAUUACAUCAGACGAACCUUCAAAAUCAUAUUGGAUAAUAUGGAAUGUGAUCCUGAUAUGAAUGUUAUGGAAUGCUGGAAGAAAUUUGACAUAGCAAAAUGCAUCGUAAACAUAAAAGAAUCACUGGAAGAACUGAAGCCAAACACAUUGAAAUCAUGCUGGAAAAAACUGUGGCCUGCUCUGACUGCGAAAAAUGACGAGGAAUUUGAUCAAAUUCAAACUUUGACUGCAAACAUAGCCGAAAUUGCGAAUGGAAUAGGACGACAUGGGUUCGAACAGAUAGAAUCAAGCGACAUUCAGGAGUUGCUUGAAUCGCAAGAUGAAGAUUUGUCUGAAACCGACUUGGAGGAAAUGCUAAAUUCACAGCCCAUUGAAGAAGAGGCUUCAACAACCACUGGAAACGUGACUUUUAAUUUGAAUAACCUUAGUGAAGGUUUAAGAAUGGCAAAUGAGCUUUGUGAUUUCUUUAUGAAAAUUGAUCCGUGUAUGGAACGAAGUCUUAUUUUUAAGAGGCAAAUUACUAAUGCUACUGCUGAAUAUCAGUCUGAAUUGAAAGAGCUUCUAAAAACUGCCAAGCAAGAAAAAAUUACAAAAUUCUUUAAGCCAUUGCCUAAGCCUGAAAAUAAUAAUUAA